UUGUCGUACCAUCGUCUAUAAGGCAAUUUACGUGGAUGGCUCUCUCGCGUGCUGAAGCCUCGGCGGCCAAGUCCAGCCAACUGCGCAUCCCCGAACGCUAUCACUCGGUCAAGGGCCGGUGCCCGGGAAGAUCAAUCUCCACGUGAAAUCAAGGCUUUCUACUGGCAAUAUAAGAAGCCAAGGCAUAAUGUCCUUGCUACUUACUGUUCCACUCAUUCACGACCUCUUAUCACCAUGGCUUGUCCUAAAACCAUUACGACUAAAAAUCUGUCAGGAAAACUCAGACUCAAUAAAACGCUGAGCGACGACAUUGACGAGACCUUGAAACUUCAGGGCGUUGGCUACAUAAAGCGUACCGCUAUCGCCAACUUCACCCUUACACUGGAACCCACUCAAUACACGGACGAUGACGGCGUGGAGCACAUUGAUGUCAAACAGACACUGUCAGGAGGCUUCAAAGCUCCUGCAGAUAGUCUACUUUUGAAUGACACGGAGAUUCCUAAGAACGAUGACCUCUUCGGACAUUUGAUCGCCAAAAGUUGGCGAGCAAAGGUCGACGAGCUUGAUAUUGAUUUCUUGAAGGAAGGUUGGUCAGAUGAUACUCUUGAGGAUGGCCUCAUCGCCGGUGUCGUGAAAAGUGACACCGCCAAGACCGGGAGGGACUGGGUCAUAAACGUGGUACGUUUGCUGGUUCGGUCUAGCGGACAUAUGAUCUUAAUGAUCUACAUCAGGUUUGGGGUUUCGUCGUCGUCGAAGGUGUAAGGAGAUUUGCCCGACGCUUCAGAUUCACCGUGAAGGAUAGGUCUGGACCUAU